AUGUCGUUAGAACAAAGAAAAGAGCAUCUUAAGAAGAAAAAAGCUUGUCUAAUAUGUCUAAAACCAGGGCACUACGCCAAAAUAUGUAAAGCUUUUAUUCAGUGCUGUGUAUGUAAAAAGCGACACUCAGUAGCACUGUGUCCCGGACAAGUUAACAGUUCUGAAAAGCAGACCACUAUUAAAGAAAUUGUACCAGCGAGUCAUACUAUUGCAAAUUUUUCUUCUCAAAAUGUCAGCGUAACUUUACUUCAAACAAUUAUGGUGAAGAUCAUCAACAACGGAAAAGAGGUAAUAGUUCGUGCAUUGAUUGACAACGGUUCGCAGAGGUCAUACUUGAAGAAAGAUGUUGCACGACAAUUAGAUCUUAAUGCUAUAGAUGUAGAUGAAAAUAAUAUGUCAGAUAUUGGAUUGUUAAUCGGUGCUGAUUAUUCAGGUUUUCUCAUGACAAAUAUUGUAACCCAAAUAAAGGAAAGUUUAGUAGCAAUUAAGACCAAAUUAGGAUGGGUGUUACAAGGUAAAGUAAAUAAUAUAAACAGUAAAUUAACAAAUACUUUAUUUUGCUCAUCAGAUGUAUUAAAUUUUUGGUCACUUGAGUUGCUUGGUAUCAAAAAUCCUUUAGAAAGUAAGUCUAAAUUGCUAGCAGAGGCAGAGGCUGUAAUGUCUUUUGAAGAAGGUGUCACAGUCAAUGAACAUGGAAAAUAUGAAGUGUCUUUGCCGCUGAAGGUGGGUUACGAAGAAUUAUUAAGCAACCGCAGCAUAGUUGAAAAAAGACUGUCCACGAAUACAAAAUCGUUAAUGUCCUCUGGUAAGUUUCUUGAGUAUCAUAGUGUAAUUAGUUGUUGGAAAGAAGAGGGCAUAAUAGAGGAAGUUAUGGAAGAUAAAUUAGGACAGACGGUUCAUUAUUUACCGCAUAGAGGAGUAGUUAAAGAUGCAAGUUUAACUACAAAAUUAAGACCCGUGUUCGACGCGUCGGAUUGUGAUAAAAAUGGUCGAUCACUGAAUUCAUAUUUGAAUAAGGGGUUAAACUUUUUAGAUAAAAUACCUCAUUUAUUAAUGGGCUUUCGAAAGGGUACUGUAGGGAUAUCAGCCGAUAUUGCCAAAGCCUUCCUGCAAAUAUCAGUUAAACGUGCAGACAGAAAUCUGUUAAGAAUUUGUGGUGGAGAGAUGAAUUACAAAAAGAGAAGGAAAAAGAAACUAAUUUAA